CCGGAGAAUCGUCGCGUUGGUUUAUGAAGUAGCGUACCUAUCGGUGGACCGUGAUUAUUGUGCGGAGAGUAGUGCAUAUUUCUGUCCUUGACAUAUCCUGUCCUUCAUUGCAUAUCGGGGUCAUCGGAAUUCUACUGGGCCUCCUCACGGUGGAUUGUGUAACGGGCAGCCUGUGAUAUCCCCCUCAACUGACCAGUGCCAAAUGUCCUUCCCAGCGUAGAGCGGUCGAGCGCGCUGCCCCCAAACAUGCGGAUCCUAUUAAUAGGAUUUAUAAUUUCGGUCCAAUGGACCUUUUCCAGCCGUAUACACGCACAAUCGUCGACAAGAUCAUGCCCAUACAGUCCCCCAGUAUUUAACUGUGCCACAAGUGGAGAGUGCAUCCCUGUAUAUUUUGCAUGUGACGGCGAAAAAGACUGCGCGGACGGUUCUGACGAAGCACAAUGUGAUUCUCGGCCAUGUCCGGGUAAUUAUUUCCGCUGUUCAAACGGACAAUGCAUUCCGGAAAACUGGAAAUGCGAUUAUUAUGCCGAUUGUGCGCAAGGGGAAGAUGAACAACAAAACUGCCCUCCUCCAACGUGCAGCGCGUUCCAGUUUUCUUGUAAAACGUAUUCCUGGAACUCAACCUAUUGCAUACCGCAACAUUGGCAGUGUGACAAGCAAACUGACUGCAAAGAUGGAUCUGAUGAGCAAGGCUGCUCAUAUCGCCAGUGUCUUUCCGACGACUUCAACUGCGCAAGUACAAGGCUAUGCAUUGCUAAAGAAAAACGAUGUGACGGUGUAUAUGAUUGCCGGGAUAAUUCUGAUGAACGCGGAUGCAAUCGCACAUCUUGCUAUCGGGGACAAUUUCUUUGUAAAACCCGGGAUCGUUGCAUCGCCGAAAGCGAUGUAUGCAACCAUCGUGAUGAUUGUGGUGACGGCAGCGACGAACUGAAUUGCACGUUCCCGGAUUGUGGCCCGGCUGAAAUGCGAUGCUCUAACGGUGAAUGUGUGGCCAGUGAGCGCAAGUGCGACGGUGCCGUCGAUUGUUCUGACGGCUCGGAUGAACGCAAUUGUUCCAUCUGUGCAGCUGAUUUCUUCGCCUGUGGUGGCCAGUGUAUUCCCAACAAGCAGGUCUGCGACGGGAUUCCACAGUGUGCUCGUGGUGAAGAUGAGAUACAAUGCCGGAGCGAUCGCUGCCCAUUUCUCAGCUGUGAAUUCCAAUGCCGCAAUAGUACAGCUGGUGGGGAAUGUACCUGUGCCAAAGGCUAUACAUUGGACCCCACCACCAACCGCACGUGUAUUAACCAAAAUGAAUGCGAUAUGUGGGGAUUUUGCGACCAGAUUUGCAUGGACACAUUGGGUUCCUACCGGUGUAUGUGCAAUCCUGAUUAUCAACUGGAAAAGCAGGGAACGUGCCGGGUGUCUGAUUCAUCCAAGUUACGAAUCAUAUACGCACGACGAGAAGGCGUCUAUGAUGUCGAUCGACAGGCUGUGAAAAUCCGCAAACUGGUCAACACCAGCAAGGCUUAUGCAGUCGAUUAUCAUUUCAUUAACAACGUAUUGUACUGGACCGACACGGACGAGCGACGACCUGCCGUAUAUUCGGCUCCGCUGGGUGAUGUGGCUACUCGAGCAAACACUACCGUAGCGACGUUUGCACUGAAGAAUCCCGUGGGCUUGGCUGUCGACUGGGUAGCCAACAAGUUGUAUGUUGUGGAUUUGGCCGCUAAGCGCAUCGAUGUGAUGGAACUGGACGGAAGUUAUCGCGCUAUUGUCAUUAGCCAGAAUCUCACCGCUCCGUUGGCAAUUGCACUGGAUCCGUUAUUCGGUGCAAUGUUUAUCUCCGACAGCAAGCGAAUUGAGCGUGCUAGCAUGGAUGGCACUUCACGCCGUACCAUUCUUAAUGAGAGGAUGUAUUUUGUUUCGUCCGUGACGACUGAUCUCAUUGCGAAACGGAUUUAUUAUUGUGAUUCACGACUUGACUACAUUGAAACGGCCAAAUAUGACGGAUCGGAUCGCAAAGUGGUAUUAGCCGGCAGUGCCAGUAUACCGCAUCCUCAAGGAUUAGCGACUUUUGAGAACCUUGUCUAUUGGUCAGACUGGACCAGAUUGGGUGUUCUAGCUGUUGCAAAGUUCAAGGGAAGUGAAUCUGUCAUACCGGUUCACUUAGCCAAAGACGACCCCAGUUUCCCCAUGGGUGUCACAGUUUAUCAUCCACUGAAACAAAUUCAGCCGCCUACGAAACCAUGCGGAACCGACAAUGGCGGUUGCUCACACUUGUGCAUAAUUCGCCAGCAAGCCAACAAUCUCGGUGUCGGCUACCGUUGCGCCUGUAACAUAGGAUACCAGUUACAGCCCAAUGGGAAAUCUUGUGAACGCUUGUCAAGUUAUUUGAUUUACUCUUCACAAAGCGCAAUCCGUGGGGUGGUUAAAGAUGGAUUUCAGGAAGAGUCUUUCACGGAUGCCAUUAUGCCAGUUGUUGGAAGCCUGCGUGGAACAAAUUUUGUAUCUUUGGACUUUGAUCAUCGGAAUAACUACAUUUACUUUUCUGACGUUGUGGCCGAUGUCAUUUACCGUGUCCAUCCUGAUGGAAGCGGAAAAGAGCCCGUUGUUUUGUCGGAGAACGAAGGAGUCGAGGGAAUUGCUGUCGACUGGGCGUCACAGCUGUUGUACUUCUUGGAUUCCGGACGCUCCACUUUGUCUGUGGUCAGCUUGCGUGAUUUCCAAUGGCGGCGAACCAUUUUGAGUAAUUUAAGCCGUCCUCGGGCAAUUGCCAUCCAUCCCAACAAAGGCUUUAUUUUCUAUUCGGAAUGGCAACGACCAGCCAAUAUUUCCCGCGUUAACUACGAUGGAACUGGCCUCAAACGAGUCCGCCGACAACAACUUGGUUGGCCGAAUGGUGUGGCUAUCGACUAUCAAGCGGACCGUUUGUACUGGUGCGAUGCCCUGUUAGACCGCAUCCAGCAUUCAGAUUUCGACGGAAAUGAUGUACAGACCAUUGUGGGCCGCUAUCUGCUGCAUCCGUUCUCCUUGUCGAUCCUGGACGAUUAUGUUUACUUUUCCGAUUGGCGAUUCGAUGCUGUCAUCAGGGCAAACAAGAGAACUGGUGGGGAUCAAGUUAUAGUGACCACUAUUGAUCCGGAUGAUCGACUCUAUGGCGUUAAAGCGUUUAGCUUGGCAAAUCAACCGACGGUGCCUAAUCAUCCUUGCACUUUAUCCAAUAAUGGUGGAUGUUCGCAUUUCUGUUUCCCAAAAUUAGUCAGCGACGAUAUCAACUCCGCUCUAUCAUCGGUCUGUAGUUGCCCAUACGGAUACCAGCUGGGAACAGAUGGGAAGACUUGCGUUCAGAACAAACUUGAACCUGCCCCAAGGCAGUGCCCGUCGGCUAGUGAUUUUGCUUGCGCCAACGGUCGAUGUAUCACCAGCCGAUGGGUUUGUGAUGGCGACAAUGAUUGCUUGGAUAACAGUGACGAAAAGAACUGUACUCAACCUACUUGUUCGUCCGAACAGUUCAAAUGCAAUUCGGGCCGCUGUAUUCCUAAUCGUUGGAAAUGUGACGGGGACAAUGAUUGCGGUGAUUUUAGCGAUGAAAUGGGCUGUGCCAACGUCACAUGUGAGUCAACGGAAUUCCGCUGCAACAACAGCCGAUGUAUCCCACUUUCCUGGAAGUGUGAUUCUGAUAAUGACUGUGGUGAUGGAUCCGAUGAGGGAGAUUUUUGCAAGGAGAAAACUUGUCAAUAUUUCCAGUUUACCUGCUCCUCUGGGCGUUGUAUUCCGAUGUCAUGGAAAUGUGAUGGAGACGAUGAUUGUUUUGACAACUCCGACGAGACCAACUGUCCACCAACAGUUUGCAGGCCCCAAGAAUUCCGAUGUGAUAAUGGACGGCAAUGUGUCAGAGAGCUUUACAAGUGUGAUGGAUAUCGUGAUUGUUCUGAUGGAUCGGACGAGAAAAAUUGUGCCUCAAGACCGCCUGGCACAUGCAAAACAGAUGAAUUCCAAUGCCGGACAUCGCGAAUCUGCAUACCGAAAAAAUGGCAGUGCGAUGGACAAGCUGACUGUGAUGACUUUAGCGAUGAGAACGGUUGUACAAACAUAACCUGCGGUGAGGACUUUUUCACUUGCGGUAACGGACACUGCGUAUUCAAGUCAUGGGUUUGUGACGGCCGUGACGACUGUGGCGAUGGCACCGAUGAGGCUCAGAAUUGUGGAACGAAACCCGACACCUGUCCCACGGGAACGUACCAGUGCUACAAUAUGAGCAUUUGCAUAAAUGAGACGCUGGUGUGUGACGGAAAGAGCGACUGCCCGUCGGGUUACGAUGAAGGGCCACUAUGCGCCACUAAUUUAUGUGAAUUGGAUCGAAACAAAAUCCGGUGCAGCCACACCUGCCUGCAGACACCUUUGGGACCGCUGUGUCGCUGCCCAGCAGGAAUGCGUCUUGGUAGAGACGGGAACCAGUGCGUUGAUUACAAUAUGUGUGACGAUCCUUCGAUGUGCUCGCAAAUAUGUACAGACAUGAAAGGUGGACUCAACCCCAGAGGAUUCCAUUGUGACUGCGUAUCGGGAUAUCAGCUGGCGACGGACCAGUAUGGAUGCAAAGCCAUUGGACCACCGCCGUCGGUGUUUAUCUCAAAUCGGCGGACUAUCUUGCGGACCAGUCUGACCGGUGGAAGCAUCGAAAUUUAUAACAGUAACGUGAGCAACGUUGUGGCACUGGCAGCCGACACCAAGAACAACAGACUUUUCUGGUCGGACCUUCGUUUGAAACUCAUCUACCAGGGGCCAGCCAACAAUCUCAACAAAACCGAUAUAAAGCAACCGAUUGUCACAAGCGGUAUUGACGUUGUGGAAGGUUUGGCUUUUGACUGGAUUGGGCGAAAUUUAUACUGGACUGAUUCGUCGUUGGAUACCAUCAAUGUGGCUUCCGUGGACCGAAAUAUGCGUUCUGUGCUUUUCAGCCAGAAUAUUUCUCGACCACGAGGAAUUGUUGUAGAUCCUCGAGAAGGUGCGCGAUACGUUUUUUGGACUGAAUGGGGUGAGCGUCCAAGAAUAGAACGAGCCAGCUUGGACGGACAGGGUCGUCGUAGUAUCGUCACAAUGAAAAUAUUUUGGCCCAACGGUAUUGCUAUCGAUUAUCCCAACCAGCUGCUGUACUUCGCUGACAGCAAAUUGGAUUUCAUUGAUUUUAUAAAAUACGACGGAACUGGACGUACUCAAGUGAUCGCUAGCGCUCUGGCAUUGCAUCAUCCACAUUCGAUGGUGGUUUUUGAAGACAAGCUCUACUGGACGGACCGACAGAUUAAUCGUGUCAGCAUGGCGGAUAAAUACAAAGGACGCAAUAGCACUAUUCUUACUUAUAAGAUAGCCCAGCCGCUUAGCAUCGUCGUCUUCCACAACGUCACCCAACCGGAUGAAGCGAACCCAUGCGCAAACGCUGGUUGUACUCACCUGUGCUUGCUGUCCGCAAAUUCGACCACUGGCAGCACUUGCGUCUGCCCAGCCGGCUUCAAAUUGGGCAGCGAUAAGCGGACCUGCUCGGAAGUCGAAGACCUUCAGUUUUUGAUGACCAUGCAAGACAAAGCGGUGCGCGGUAUCAGAAUGGAAACCGUUGAUAAGGACUUCCAGUCGCCCUUCUCGGCGGUCGGCAUUGAAAACGGUUACGAUUUCGCCGUGGACCCCGAAGGCCGCAUGUUCUACUACACGCAAAAAGAGGAAAAAGGCGACAACGGAUCGCUAUGGUCGAUCUCAUUCGAUGGUUCGGACAGAACGCGCUUACUGCGAACCGGCUUGAUAGGAUCUCCGUAUUCAGUAGCCUAUGAUUACAUUGGGAAAAAUUUGUUUAUUGGUAACGUGGAACAGAAGCAGAUUUUGGUUACUCGGACUGGCGGAAAACGACAAUUGUACAAGGUCAUUGUCGGCAACAACGGCACGGAAGCCAGCGCAUCCCAACCCGUAUCACUCGCCGUAAGCCCCCAAGAAGGCCUGUUGUUCUGGGGUGACAACGGUGGCACCGGUAUACCUGCUAAAAUUGCCAAAGUGCGUAUGGAUGGAAUUGGGGCGACUAUUAUAUUCAAGGAUGGUAUUGGCAAAAUCUCCUUCAUUACUUAUGAUCCGCUGAGUCAGAUGGUGUACUGGAGCGACACCCGCUUAUCUAAGAUUAGCCGAGGAAAAAUCGACGGCACCAACCGAGAAGAUAUUGUCACGAAGAAUAUCUUUCACCCGGAAGGACUUGUGGUCUGGGAAGGCCGGUUGUAUUUUGCGGAUUCAGCCUAUGAAUCCGUUUCUCGCGUGGAGGCGUCGGCCAAAGAUCGCAAUCGCCUGGAUUUGAGAACUCAGUACUCUAACGUCAAGCAGCUCAGGAUGUAUAAACGAGAUAGCAUAAUAGAAAUCCAAAAUCAUCCUUGCCGCAACAAUCAAGGUGGUUGCGAACAGUUUUGCAUACCGAUUGGCGCCAACCAAGCCACCUGCGCCUGCAGUGUGGGAUUCACGCUAAAGGACAGCACGAAAUGCCAAAACUUUGAUACCUUUAUUAUCGUCAGUCAGCUGAGCCAAAUUCAAGGUGUAGAUUUAAAUGGUACCAACAUGGCAAUGACGCCCAUCAGUGGACCAGAACGCAAUGCACUGCAUAUCGAAUUCCACUAUCAAGAACGAUGGGUCUACUGGACUGAUUUCAACAAGGAUCGAAAUCCUGAAUAUCCCAAUGGUAUCUUCCGUAUUCAUCCCGAUGGAUCUGGUAUGCAGCAGAUUGUAUCUACCGGUGUUGGAAUUACUGGUAUUCGCGGUUUGGCCGUUGACUGGCUGGCUGGUAACGUUUACUUCAGCAAUGUGUUUGCCACUGAUACGUUUUUGGAAGUGUGCCGUUUGGAUGGGCAGUUCCGUAAAGUUUUGUUGCGCACUGAUCGGGAUUCACCACGACAGAUUGCAGUAAAUCCCAUAAAAAACUUUAUGUACUGGACUGACUAUGGGCAGUAUCCGAAAAUCGAACGAGCCUUCUUGGACGCAUCCGGCAGAAAGGCGAUCGUAACAACAGGCAUAUCGACACCUCGCGAUAUUGCCAUUGAUUUCGCUACGCAUGAUGUGUACUGGGUGGACUCGGUGAUUGAUGCCAUUCAAAGUGUUAAUUAUCUGGGAGGUAAUCGACGGUCGAUCAAGAGUGCGGAAACGGGCUACUCGCUGCCUGCUCCCUAUGGCAUUGCGUUAUAUUCUGAUAAAGUGUACUGGGUGGAUCGCAAUUUGAUGGCCCUUUUCCGAGCCAGCAAAUAUCCAGAUAAUUCCACCGAGCCAGACAAGAUCCUUGGGGAUUUGGAUACCGCUCGGGAUGUGGCUAUUUUUGCUCAAGCUAACCAACCGAUACCUACGCAAAGAGCCGUGUGUGCACCGGAAACAAGCGGUUGUUCUCAGCUGUGUUUUGCCGUGCUGACGUCCGAUGAUAUGGCCGCUCAGGUCAGUCGUCAGUGUGCCUGCGCUCAAGGCCGACUAUCCGCGGAUCUUGCUACCUGCAUAGCUUGGGAGGAAUUCCUGGUGUACAGUGAUAUGGGCAACCUUGUUGGUAUGCAUUUCAACCCGAUGUUCCCCGGCACCCCAUUCUCGGCUCAGGGCGUUACUUUCCAAUCGAUCACCGGACUGGAUUAUGAUGCGAAAAAUCAGCGACUUAUAAUCGCUAUUAACGGCCCGCGACCAGGCAUUCGCUGGAUGAGCAUUAAAAAUCCCCAAGACAACGGAACCGUUAUCUUCAAGUCUGACAACUUCACGCUACCGAAAGCAUCGGGAUUGCUCCAGCAGCCGGAAGGAAUCGCUUAUGACUGGACAUCCAACAGGGUCUUCUGGGCUGAUAGUGCUAGGAAGAAAAUCUUUGCUACCGAUUUUGCGGGCACAAGUACAAUUGCAAUUGUGGAUGUUACCCGACCGAAGGCCCUUGCCCUUCACCCUUGUCGUGGGCAGAUGUUCUACACCGAUUGGGUGGUGCCUAAUGGUAUCAUCAAACGCGCCUCAAUGACUGGUACCGAUGUUACUGUACUUAUCAAAGAUAACUUGGUGCAGCCAACCGGUUUAACCAUUGACUAUCAAGAAAACAUGAUCUACUACGCAGACGCAAUUUUGGAGAAAAUCGAACGCUGUGCUCUGGAUUGCGUGAAGCCGGAAACCCUUAUUACUGGAGCAAUUUACCCGUAUGCCUUGACCAUUUUUGGCGAGUACAUCUACUGGUCGGAUAUUUCACUUCGGGGCAUUUACCGGGCCGAGAAGUAUACGGGAAGCAGAUUGCAGACUCUAGUUUCGCGGUUACCAUCGGCACCAAGGGUACUGAUCGCGUAUUCUGGUGGUAAACAGAACUGCUCCGGAAGCCCUUGUGAUUACGCUAAUGGCGGCUGCCUGCAGAAAUGCUCGGUGGCCAACGGGGCUGUACAGUGUUCAUGCAACGACACCUACCAGCUGGUCAACAGCGGAACAUACUGUGCACCCAAUAACCAGACAUGCGAUUCUACCGGCUAUUACUGUUGGAACGGGAAGUGCAUCCAGAAAGCCUGGGCUUGUGACAGAGAUGAUGAUUGUGGGGAUAAUUCGGACGAAGAUCCAAAGUAUUGUUCAGUGAAAGAAUGUCUGCCCAAUGAAUUCCAAUGCGCCAAUAAGAAAUGUAUUUCCAACAACUGGAGAUGUGAUCAUGAAGACGACUGCGGUGACCACAGCGAUGAAGAAGGUUGUGCGUAUAAAAAAUGUGCAACGGGAGAAUUCACGUGCGAUAAUGGACGCUGCAUCAGUAUGGAUCAAGUUUGCGAUGGCAUCAACGAUUGUAAAGACAAUGCGACGUCGGAUGAAAGCAUUAUCAAUUGUCCUGCGGCUAACCGCACAUGCCCGCGCAACACCUUAAAAUGCAACACCACCAAUAUCUGCAUUGAUCCUUACUGGCUAUGUGACGGUGACAACGACUGCGGUGACAAUUCGGAUGAAAAUCCUAUGUUCUGUCAGAAGACAACCUGCCCCUCGAAUUCCUUCCGCUGCCCGAACAUGCGUUGUAUUCCUGGGACGUGGUACUGUGACGGCGACAACGAUUGUGGUGACAAUGCAGAUGAACCGCCAGGAUACUGUAAUUCCACCGGACGCACUUGCUACGGCAAUCUGUUCACAUGCGGCAACGGAAACUGCAUUCCGCAGAUCUUUGUCUGCGACGGCGACAUGGACUGUCCAGAUGGAAGUGACGAAUCUGUCACGCAGUGCCAAAAUCAUACUUGCUCCAGCAAUGAAUUUGAAUGCAAAGCCAAUCGCCAGUAUGGACGAAAUCCCUGUAUCUACCGACAGUGGGUGUGCGACGGAGAGCCGGACUGUGCCGAUGGUGAAGACGAGAAACAACCAGGAUGCCCGACAGCUGCUCCUUGCGCUCAGGGUGAAUUCCAAUGUCAGAAUGGCCGUUGUAUCUCUUCUAAAUAUGAGUGUGACCAUGAGGAUGAUUGUGGAGAUAAAUCUGAUGAGCAUUCUCAAUGCAGAUACAAGCCCUGUGAAGUGAAUGAAAGAAACUGCUCUUCUGGCCGCUGCAUCCCCGCACAGUGGUUCUGUGAUGGCGAUAAUGACUGUCGAGACGGAAGCGACGAAAAGAAUUGUACUGUUACCAAAUGUAACAAGGAUACCCAGUUCGAAUGCAGAAGCGGCGAAUGUGUCCCAAUAACGGCGGUGUGCAAUCACAUAAACGAAUGCAAAGAUGCAAGUGACGAGAAGACCUGUGGAAUCAACGAAUGUCUUCACCUGGAAGAUCAUCAAUGCGGUCAGGUUUGUGUGGAUUUACCUACCGGUUAUAAGUGCGCUUGCAAUUCGGGCUACACUUUGAUGGAUGAUGGCAAAGCGUGUCGUGAUGUCAAUGAGUGCCUUGAAGUUCCCGGUGCCUGCGAUCAGUAUUGCUACAACACGGUUGGAGGUUAUAUUUGCAAAUGCAACACGACAUUGUAUGAACCCAGUGGGCCGGCUACUUGUAAGCGCAUUGAUAAUCAGGAGCCCUGGCUGCUGUUCAGUAACCGGCAUUAUAUCCGCAACAUUAGUUCGGAUGGAAAAUACCUGCAGCUUGUUAAAAGUGAACUACGGAACGUCGUUGCUUUGGAUUUCGAUAUUGCAAAGGGUAUCGUAUUUUUUGCGGACGUGGAAACCCGUCGCAUCUCCCGAUUCAAUAUUAGUAAUCCCAACGGAAGUGUCGAAGUCAUUAUUCGCCAUCAAGUCAACGGUUUGGAAGGUUUGGCCGUGGAUUGGGUUGCAAAGAAGAUCUACUGGGCCGAUCGUAUUGUGAAGGAGCUCGCCGUUGCGGAAUACAAUGGAACUGGGCGCAGGAGUCUGCUCCGACACGGUUUGAGCGAGCCUCGUUCGGUGGCUGUGCAUCCUGGCGUAGGCUACGUUUUCUUUACCGACUGGGGUCUGACUCCCUUCAUUGCCAAAAUCGGCAUGGAUGGUAUAAUGUUUUCCCGAAUUGUCACGGAGAAGCUCGGUUGGCCGAACGCAAUCACAGUUGAUUAUAUCACGAAUAGAAUAAUCUGGGCGGAUGCGCAUUUGAACGUUGUUGAAAUGGCUGACCUCACUGGAAGAAACCGCUUCAAGGUGUUAUCGGGACACAACGUGGUGCCUCACGUGUUUUCAUUGGUUGCACUCGACGGCUACCUUUACUGGACAGAUUGGAACUUCCAAGCGGUUCUUAAAGCAAAAAUGUUCGUGGAUAAAAACGGAACAAUCAUUCGAAACACUACGCACAGGCCCUAUGACAUCAAUAUUUGGCAUCCAGUUCGGCAGCCGAAAUUUAACAACCCUUGCGAAAACAAUAAUGCGGGAUGCUCGCAUUUGUGCCUGCUAUCCCCUGGUGUCUAUGAUGAUACACCGUCGUACACUUGUGAUUGCCCAACAAAUUUCGGUCUACUCCCUGACCAGCACACUUGCGUUGCCAACUGCAGUGCGAAUCAAUUCCGAUGUGGAAAGCCAGACGAGAAAUGUAUCCCGAAACUAUGGAAAUGUGACGGAGAAAAGGACUGCGGAGAUGGCUCGGAUGAGGGGCCGACUUGUCCCCAGCGACGGUGUCUGCCGGGACAAUUCCAGUGCAAUAAUUUUAACUGCACGUUACCGUUAUUUAUUUGUGAUGGCAAAGAUGAUUGUGGUGACGGAUCGGACGAAGCCAGCUGUAACGUUGCGUGCGACCAGUGGCAGUUUAAGUGUAACAGAACGGGACGAUGCAUACCAAUUGGUUGGUCUUGCGAUGGUGAUGAUGACUGUGGAGACAAUAGUGAUGAAAGUCCAGCAAUCUGCAAAGCGAAGGCAUGCGAUUCACAAACCGAAUUCAAAUGCCGAACGAGCGGUCGCUGUAUUCCGGCUAGCUGGUAUUGUGAUUUCGACGAUGAUUGCGGCGAUGGCUCGGAUGAACCACAGAGUAUCUGCAAACAACGUGCAUGCUUGCCUGGUUGGAGUCGCUGUCAAGGCACCCCGUUGAAUUAUCGCUGUAUUCCAAAUUGGCACAUUUGCGACGGAAAGAAUGACUGUCGUGACGGGUGGGAUGAAUCCCCGCAGCAGUGUCCCAACUGUACAUCUCGCGGAGAAUUCCAAUGUAACAACCGAAAAUGCGUGCCUCAGCGGUGGACAUGUGACUUCCAGGAUGACUGUGGCGAUCGUUCCGAUGAGAAUCCCGAUAUGUGCCGUGGACGAUAUCGUGAAUGCUCGGAAAUGGAAUUCAAAUGCGGCAAUGGGCGGUGCAUUUUGGCACGAUGGGUAUGCGAUCACGACAAUGACUGCGGCGAUUUGAGCGAUGAAACCAACUGCACUAAUUACCGCUGCAAUAACGAAACGCAGUUCCAAUGCACCAGUGGGCAUUGUAUAUCCAAGAGAUUCGUUUGCGAUGGAGAUCGUGACUGUCUGGACAACUCGGAUGAGCAAAACUGUACGAAAAAGCCUGGACCGAGUAGGCUGCAGCCGGAGAUAUGUCCACCUAGCAAGUUCCAGUGCGAUAACGGUGUCUGCAUUACACGAGAUUGGUUAUGUGACAACGAUAACGAUUGCGGAGACAAUUCGGAUGAAUCACCUCGAGCUUGCACGCAAGCGACUUGCGAACUCGGAAGAAAGUUCUUGUGUGGCAACGGCAAAUGUAUUCCAAAAUAUCGCGUUUGUGAUGGCUUUGAUCACUGCGGCGAUGGAUCAGACGAGCCGGCGGCUCUUUGUCGCGUCGGAUGUCAACCGGACAGCUUCAAGUGCAAAGAUGGGUCCUGUAUCGGUAAAGAGAAGGUGUGUGAUCGUAUUCGAGACUGCCCGGAAGGAUUGGACGAAGACGGCUGCAAUGAUGCUAAGCAAGGAAUCAAAGGUUGCGCCGAUAAUAAUGGAGGUUGUCUACAAAAUUGCACCAAUUUGCCCAGCGGGAAAGGGUACUAUUGUUCAUGCCGGGAUCACUUUGUGCCAUCCUCGAAAGACCACAAAACUUGCGUUGAGCUGGAUGAAUGCAUUGUGCCCUCGUUGAACAACUGCUCGCAGAUCUGUACGAACGUGAAGGUUGGAUUCGACUGCUCUUGCAAUCCAGGUUAUGUGAAACACGAUAAGAGCUGUGUGGCAGUCGACACUCCAUCUCUGCUGUUGGCUAAUGCGGACGAAAUUCGCCAAAUGACGUUGGCAUCAGGAAAUAGAGGAACAUAUAGCGGGUUAAUUGGAAACGAUACAGCAUUAAGCCGUAUUAAUGCGAUUGAUUACGACGUGAAGAACGACAUCAUGUACUGGGCGGAUUCUGCUUCGAAAACGAUUAAGCGCUCGUAUAUUCCUCAUCCUGACUCGGACACGCGCAGCGCCCAUCCUCAACCACUGGAUAUUGCUUCCGUUAACCGUCCUGAUGGGAUAUCUGUGGACUGGGUGGGUGGCAACAUCUACUGGACCGACACGCGACCUUUCACGACACGCGGUCGCCGUGAUGUGGCAUUCGACAGCGGUGACAACGGCGGUACGCUCAGCGUUGCCAAACUGGAUGGCCGCUAUGUGAAAACUCUUGUAACUGAUCCACAAUCGAAACCAGCUGCCAUUGCGGUUAAUCCCAGACUGGGUUUGAUGUUCUGGACUAUGAUUGGCGAACGACCGAGAAUUAUGUCCAGUUGGAUGGACGGUUCCAAUCCGCGAAUAAUUGUUGACUCCCGAUUAGGACACCCCACCGGAUUGGCCAUCGAUUUCAAUCAGAAUGAUCGCCUUUACUGGGCAGAUUCGAAGGGCAACAAGAUUGAAUCAUCCAGGCCGGAUGGCUCUGAUCGACGAGUUAUUCUAAGAGAUAUCGACCAUCCAGUGCGUAUCGACGUGUUUGAGGAUGAUCUCUACUGGAUUGCUCGCGAUACUGGAACAGUGUACUCGCAAAACAAAUUCGGCAAUGGUGCGAAGACAGUCGUGACGCAGAAAUUAGGCGUAUCGAACGAUCUUAAGAUCUAUCAAAAGCUGUAUUAUAAUACAUCCAUUUCCAACCCGUGCGAAAAGAGUGGAUGCUCACAUCUGUGCCUUAUGACGCCCAAUGGUCACACUUGUCAGUGUCCGGAAGGAACCCGUUUUGUGCGUACCGAUUCUACUCGACAUCAGUGCGAUGCUGCGGUAGUGGAAUCCAAACCUUUGCCGUUGAGGUGUCCGUGUCAGAACGGUGGAUCAUGCAUCGUCGCAUCACCCUCGAAUACUACUUGUCAAUGCCCUGCGGGUACCUCCGGACCUCACUGCGAAACCAUUAGCCCGAACGGAGUGUACCUGCCAAAUCCUGGAAUCAAUGCUGCCGCUGUGGCUGUUCCCAUUCUUCUCAGUUUACUUGCCAUCGGUGUGAUUAUUGCCGGUUUCUUGUAUUUCCGAAAACGCAAGAAUCAUAAAGCUUUUGCUACUACCGGGCCAGUGGCUUUCCGAAGCGGCACCAAUGUCGAGUUCGGUGGUAACGGCCUCGGCGGUCCUGAUGAUCGCGUUGAGGAAACUAUGCCAAAUGAAUUCCAAAUGGGUGGAAAAUCGAAUUUUACGAAUCCUAUGUACGAAGCCAUGGGAAAUAUGGAAAAUCAAGCCGAAUCUGCUGCUUCAAAUCCCACUGAAGUUCAGCGUGCCAUGACCUAUGAUCCCAAGCCCCUUGCAAGCGUUGCGGAGCCAGCGUCGGCAGUAUUAGCUCCUUCGAGCAGUGCGACCAUUUCCAAAAUCCAUCCUCGCCCACGAACAACCGCUCUAGAUCCUAGUCCGUCCGAGAGACAUGAUGAUAAAGCUAAGCUGGUGGUCGAGGAUAACAGUAGCGAAGCAUAACCGCAUCGCUACUGUGUAACGUGUGCUGUAUGCGGAUCGCUACUUUGCUGACCCAUAUUUCCAAUGUGGAUUUAAUUUUUUGUCUGUUUUAAAUUUCGUGAAACGAUAGACGUGAGAGUGAGAAGAGUCUCGAGAUGGUCCGCCUGGUUUUUCUCUGCGAUGAUUCACAUUUUUUCUCUUCUUCACACCACUGUGUGGACCGAAGCGCGCUCAUUCCAGUCGUGAUAUUUCUGGCAGCCAUGUACCCAUUUUCUGCAAAGAAGAAAAUGUUUUGUUUUUAGAAAUUUUACUCAGGCAGUGUAUUUUUAGAUUGCUCUCUCUCCUUAGUUCUGUCUUACUUGCUUUUCGUGUACACUUUGAUAGAGUAACAAACCGUGGUAGCUAGUCUUUGAUGUGUUCUUUUAAAGUUUUCAUUUCUGCGCUCCAUGUCGGCUUUUCAAUGUUUCGAUGGAACUUGCAACUGCUUUUAAGGUUUAUUUUUCGUCUUCCUACUGUAUUAAUUUUAAAAUGUGCCUUUUCAACGGAUUUACCGCUGUUUGCAUUAUUUUGUAUGAUAUAAACUUGAUAAUAAAAACGUUACAAUAUGAA